AUGGCCCCAACUCGCGUAUUCGUCACAGGUGUCACCGGCUACAUCGGCUCGACCACUAUCGAUAACCUCCUCCAGAACCCCACUGCUAAGUCCCGAUUCACCUUCCGCGCCCUUGUUCGCUCACCCGAAAAGGCUUCUCAAGACGUCCGCCCCCUCGGCAUCGAACCCGUCCUCGGCUCCCUCGACGACCUCGACAUCCUCGAACGCGAAUCCGCUCAAGCUGAUGUGGUUCUCAAUCUCGCAGACGCCGAUCAUCUUCCCGCCGUCAAGGCUAUUAUCAAAGGACUGCUUGCGCCUCGACAAGACGGGGCAAGGAAGCGACCGAUUCUGAUCCAUACCUCUGGUACGAGUGUAUUAGCCGAUGGAGCGAACGGAAACCGAGCCAGCGAUACAAUCUACCACGACAACGAUACCGCCAAACUUAACACUCUUGCACCCACACAACUCCAUCGCAAGAUCGACCUCGAAAUCAUCGAUCCUUCUCUCGUCGGAAAAAUCGACACCUACAUCGUUGCCCCACCUACGAUCUGGGGUUUGGGUUCCGGGCCCGGUAACUCUCACUCUAUCCAGAUCCCUUUCCAAAUCCGUGCGUCACUCAAACAUCGCCAGGCCCUUCAAAUCGGUAAGGGUCUCAAUAUCUGGUCCCGCGUACACGUCCAUGACCUGGCUCGCGUCUAUACCGCACUUUUUGAACGCGCACUCCAGGAGCCUCAAGGUAGCACCGGCAGCCUGCCCAAGAACAAGGAUGCUUAUUACUUUGCCCAGGCCGGAGAUGAUUUCGCCUACGGAGAUGUGGCCAAGGAGAUCGCGAAGGUGUUCAAGGAAUUGGGUAUAAACGAUUCGGGAGAGGUGAAAGGGACAGAGGCGGGUGAGGAGGAGAAGAAGUAUUGGCCCGAUGGUGCCGCAGCUCUGAUCGGCGGGAACUCUAGAUCGAGAGCGGUCAAGGCCAGGGAGUUGCUUGGGUGGGAGGCCGAGAGAGAUGAUUUUUGGGGAUAUGUGAGGGAGGAGGUUAAGCGCCUGCACAAAGAAGAGAAGUAA